AUGUCUUCCCGACAUCGCAUCGACUUGGAUGAUGAUCGUAGGCGAGAUCGCGAUCGAGACAGGGACCGAGAAAGGGACAGGAAAUCUCGCAGAUCACGUUCACGGUCUCGCUCACCCCUGAAGAAGGAGCGCGAUCGUUCUAAUUCACCACCUACUAUCAACUACAAUAAUAACGCAGCUGCAGCCGAAGCUAAGAUCAAAACUAAUCCGUACACGAAAAUGCCCUAUAGUAAGAAGUACUGGCAGAUUUGGGAGAAACGGCAUCAGCUUCCCGUUUGGGAAUACAAGGAAAAGUUCAUGGAAAUCCUGCACAACAACCAAUGUAUGACAUUGGUGGGAGAGACGGGUUCCGGAAAAACCACACAGAUUCCCCAGUGGUGUGUAGAAUACGUAAGACAAAGAGCUAUACCUGGCCAAAGAAGAUUAGUAGCUUGUACUCAACCCAGAAGGGUGGCAGCAAUGUCAGUUGCAGCCCGUGUUGCCGACGAAAUGGACGUCCAGUUGGGACAGGAAGUCGGAUAUUCUAUUCGUUUCGAAGACUGCGUCAGUGCGCAAACUAUACUGAAAUAUUGUACGGAUGGUAUGUUGUUGCGUGAAGCGAUGAAUUGUCCGCUUCUGGAUGGAUAUGGUGUCAUAAUCCUUGACGAAGCGCACGAAAGAACAUUAGCCACGGAUAUAUUGAUGGGGUUGAUCAAGGAGAUUGUCAAACAACGUUCCGACAUCAAGAUAGUGAUCAUGUCCGCCACACUGGAUGCUGGAAAAUUCCAGAAUUAUUUCGAAAAUUGUCCGCUUAUGUCCGUUCCAGGGCGUACUUUUCCCGUAGAAAUCUUCUUCACACCAGAACCUGAAAAGGAUUAUUUGGAAGCGGCUAUUAGGACCGUGAUACAAAUUCAUGUUUGCGAAGAGACAGAGGGAGACAUUUUGUUGUUUUUGACUGGCCAGGAAGAAAUCGAGGAGGCUUGUAAACGGAUAAAACGUGAAGUGGACAAUUUGGGUCCACAAGUGGGCACUCUUAAUUGCAUCCCAUUGUAUUCUACUCUUCCACCGAAUCAACAGCAGAGGAUUUUCGAAGCAGCACCGCCUAGUAGACCAGGAGCCAUUGGGAGGAAAUGUGUGGUUUCGACGAAUAUCGCCGAAACAUCGCUUACCAUCGAUGGAGUUGUGUUCGUCAUAGAUCCCGGAUUUUCUAAGCAAAAGGUGUAUAACCCGAGGAUUCGUGUGGAGUCCCUGUUGGUGUGUCCGAUAUCCAAGGCCAGCGCUAUGCAACGUGCUGGUCGUGCCGGUCGUACCAAGCCUGGAAAAUGCUUCCGACUAUAUACCGAGAAAGCCUAUCAAGAGGAAAUGCAGGAGCAAACAUACCCGGAAAUUUUGCGAUCAAACUUAGGAUCAGUUGUGCUGCAACUGAAGAAACUCGGCAUAGAAGAUCUCGUCCAUUUUGAUUUUAUGGAUCCUCCGGCUCCAGAAACCCUUAUGAGAGCCUUAGAACUGCUUAACUAUUUAGCAGCUAUUAACGAUGACGGUGAGCUGACGGAGUUAGGUUCACUGAUGGCAGAAUUCCCCUUGGAUCCGCAGUUAGCUAAAAUGCUCAUCACUUCGACGGAACUGAACUGUUCGAAUGAAAUUUUGUCAAUUACCGCUAUGUUGUCUGUUCCUCAAUGUUUUGUUCGACCGAAUGAGAUGAAGAAAGAGGCGGAUGAGGCGAAAGCCCGUUUUGCCCAUGUCGAUGGGGAUCAUCUAACUCUCUUGAAUGUCUAUCAUGCUUUUAAACAGAACAAUGAAGAUGUGCAGUGGUGCUAUGAUAAUUUUAUCAACUAUCGUACGCUUAAAACAGCAGACACUGUAAGAACACAAUUAGGAAAGAUUAUGGAUAAGUUUAACCUGAGACGGGUUUCUACAGAUUUCAAGUCAAAAGACUAUUAUAUAAACAUCCGGAAAGCUCUAGUUGCUGGAUUUUUCAUGCAGGUGGCUCAUCUUCAAAGAAGUGGACAUUAUAUUACCGUGAAGGAUAACCAACUGGUUAAUCUUCACCCAUCUACGGUACUGGAUCAUAAGCCGGAAUGGGCACUGUACAACGAGUUCGUGUUGACAACGAAGAAUUUCAUAAGGACAGUCACUGAUGUGCGACCGGAAUGGUUGUUAACCAUUGCGCCACAAUACUUCGAUCUGUCGAAUUUCCCUGAAGGUGAUACGAAGCGAAAAUUACAAUAUGUGGAUAACUCGCUGCGAGCUCUACAGAACAGCAAAGGGUAUUAA